AUGGAACAGAAUCCUUUAAGUAAAUUCAAAAUUACAUCUUAAGUAAUUCAUAAGAUAUUUAACAAAACCUUACUUUAACAAAGGAGUUUUUGGAAAGUGAAAAUUAAUCUAUAAAACAAAAAUAAAAAGGUAAGAAUUUAUUUUAUAUAUAUUAGGUUUACUUACAAGUUCUAAAGAAGAACCAAAUAGAAAUAAAGUAAGAUUUAAUAAUAUGGUCAGGAGUAAUAAAUAUUUUGAGAAAAAUCAAUCAUCAAAAUGUUAUAAAAUAAUAUUAAGUAAGUAAUCUAUUGAUUUAAGAUCUUAGAAUCAUAAUAGUUUGUUUAUUUAUUUAUUUAUUGA